AUGGGCAACUGUGUACCAACCACGCAUCGUUUCUUCCGCUCUACUCGACGUAGGCGCGUCAGAAAAGACUGGCCUAUGAGGGCAUAUGAAGCUGUGGAAGCAGGAGAAGAGACUAGAAUCAGCACAGGCCAUCAAGAGAUAGGGGAAGCGACGAAUAGAAUGAAACAAGCGACUAUGAGUGAGAAUCCAGUUAAAGAGAAGGAGGUAGAAGUCGAGAUCGAGAGUAGAGAAGACACCGACACUGGCACCGACACCUACGCCCACAGCGAAUGCUCCUCUAGCUUGGGAGAAUUUCCAUCCCUCGAAAGCCUAUGUAAGAAAUAUGAAGAGUUGGAGCAGAUCAAGAAUAGAAUAGAACAGGAGAAUACGAGUGAGAAGGCAGUGCAGAGGAAAGUAGAAAAUGGGAUUGUGAUUGAGAGUAGAGAAUAUGAAUAGAAGAAUAGGAAUGUGGAAGCAGAGGAGAGGAAGAUGGAAGGUGAAGAUAUUGCGAAUAGAGAUGAUGAAGAUCAGGAUGAGGAUAGCGAGUGCUCCUCUAGCCUGAGAGAAUUCCUAAUGCUCGAAAGGCUCUGUGAGGAGUAUGAAGAGGCGAACACAAUAGAAGAAGAAGAGGAGGAGGAGGAGGAGGGCAGUAACGUGACAGAAAUAGGAGAGGAAUGUGAACACCCAGAUGACCUUCAUAGAGAAGAAGGUAAGGAAGUGGCUUCCGGAGACGGCGACCACAUACAAGGGGAGAAGUUGAUGUCAUUUGAGGAGUUCUGUGGGGAGACUUUUGCAAUCUCUCCAACCCUUGUU